GGCUGGCGAGAGGACGACGCCGAGGGACAGGAGGGAGAGGUAGAGGAUCGGUAUGUUGACCGAGUUGGGAGCAAGGAUGUAAGCGGCGUCUCCCUUUCUGAGGCCGAGUUCGCGGCGGAGGGAGGAAGCGAGCGACUCGGUUCGCGAAAUGAGUUGGGAGGAGGAGAUGCGGCGGCCGGUGUCGCCGUCGACGAGAGCUGAGACUGUCGGUGGCGAAGGGAAGGAAUUGAUGAGAGAGAAGACGUAAUCGGUGACGGAGAGCGGCGCGGUUUCUUGUGGGAGUGGCACCGGAGAUCUGAGACUGUGAUAGAUCUUGGUUUCCGGACAGAAUCCGCUCAUUGCAUCGAUUGGCGGCGGAGCGUUAGGGUUUCGCGACAUCUGGGAAGGCAUUGUGGAAAUGGAGCCAGUAAUUGAUUCUUUUGCCGGCGGAUUGCACAAAGUGUCCUAGACUCCUAGUAGAAGAUGAAAAGCCCCCGCGACAAAGACCGGAAGCCAGGACCAACCAUUACCAAGCAUUCACUGUAGCAGAGGAACAAACCAAAGGGAAGUUCUUGGCAACAUUCAGCUCAGAGCCAGCUUUACUUCUUAAUGGAAACUCAAAUCAAAAGGUAGGGAGUUGCGGCUUUGCGAGGCAAAAGACGUGAUGGAGUGAUUGCCUUUCUGGUAAGUUUGCCGAAAAUUUCAAUGGAAGAGAAAGAAUAAACCUUUUUGGCAAUUUAGAAUAUCUAUUUUUUAUUCAUGAACCUGUUAGAGCCCGUGAGAAGGGAAAGACAAAGCAUAGGUUCUAUCGCAAGAAACUCCGGUCAAACGCAACUCCAUUGAUUUAGCCUCGAUCUUUAAAUUUUGCCAUCUAGAUCCGUAGUUCUAUUGAACCCAUAUCUCAUAAUUUCCUAAGCCAAUUGGGUUCUCCUACUACAGUAAUCGAUGGCUGAUCCUCAUCUUCUUCCUCCUCUUCCUCCUCCUCCCCCUGUUCCCGAAACACUAUUGCAGAUAGAGCCCAUCACUCCUCUUCUCAAUUUCACCCAGAACAACAACAACUACAAUCAAAACAAUCAUCGUCGAGAAACUCUCUCGACUCAAGACGAUGAUCUUGAUCAGACACUACAGAAGCUUGAAACUUUCUUAUGUUUUCUGGGUUUCAGUCAAUCUUCGGUCUGUAGCUUCCUUUUUUCUUGGGCAGCUUUUGGAUUGGUUGGGGUUGCUCUGCCAGUUAUAAUACUUGAGCUAUCCAACUGCCCUGGCUGCGAGAAGUUCCAGAUCAAGAAUUCCGAACUGGAUAUUGUGGCUUCACAGGCUUGUCUUGCUGCUGUCUCUUUGAUUUGUCUGUCUCAUAACAUGAGGAAGUAUGGUGUAAAGAAGUUUCUGUUUGUUGACCGUUAUAGCGGGCAGAUGACUCGCCUUAGCCGCCAGUAUAUUGCCCAGAUAAAGGAUUCUUUGCGCUUGCUCGUCCUGUGGUCACUGCCAUGUUUCAUUCUGAAGGUUGCUCGCGAAGUGAUUCGUAUCUCUUAUGUAAAACACGAAUCAUGGCUAUCCUCUUCCGCCAUUUUGUUCGGCUUAAUCUUAUCGUGGAGUUAUGUGAGCACAAUAUCUUUAUCGGCCAGCGUCAUAUUUCACAUGGUAUGCAACUUACAAGUGAUCCACUUCGAGGACUAUGGGAAGCUCUUGGAGAGGGAAUCCGACGUUCUGGUAUUCAUUGAGGAACACAUCCGUCUAAGAUAUAAUCUUUCUAAGAUAAGCCAUAGGUUCCGCAUCUUCCUUGUUCUGCAGUUCAUUGUGGUUACGGCUAGCCAGUUCAUGACCCUCUUUCAGGUUACGGGUUAUAGCGGGAUAAUCACCGUCAUUAAUGGUGGCGAUUUUGUGGUGUCCUCAAUUGUUCAGGUAGUCGGAAUAAUUCUUUCCUUGCAUGCUGCCACUAGAAUAUCCCACAGGGCUCAAGCUAUUGCUUGCUUGGCGAGCCGGUGGCAUGCUUUGGCAACUUGCAAUGCUACUGCCAAUGGGAGCUCAGAUCCAUCUGGAUAUCCGACGAAUGCGUUACAAGUUAGCUACUCAGAGAGUGAUUUGGAGUCGUUUGACUACAUUGCGGUGCCUACAAACACACAAUUGGCUUCCUAUAUGACCUCAUACCACAGGAGGCAAGCCUUUGUGUUGUAUUUGCAGAACAAUCCGGGAGGAAUAACGAUAUUUGGAUGGACUGUUGAUCGUGGACUCUUGAACACAAUCUUCUUCAUCGAGCUCACUCUUGUUACGUUCUUGCUCGGGAAGACUCUCGUUUUCAGCAGUUCCAGCUAAGAGAGAGAUUGGUCGACCGUUGCUUUCCAUCUGAGGAGAAGAAGCAUGAGACCUGUUCUGUUAUGAGCCGAUUUUUCUUGAAGCUCAUUCCGGCUUAUGGUUACGCCUUGAAGGCCUCUGGUUUCAUGAGUUUGGUCCAUGUGCUGCCUGCAAUGCUCAUUGUUUAUCUAUUUGGUGGCCUAAGUGUUAAAGAGUGCAGGUAUCAACGACGGUGCAAGCCGCUUUGGAAAUUUUAGUGCUUGUAUAAGAGUGAUAUAGUCUGUAGGCCAACAACAUGAAAGGGUUGGUACUUGGUUCCAUUCUCUGUAUAGCGUUGGAAGAGUACCAAGACGCGCUACAGUAAUUAGGCUUAGGGAGCGGCAGUGAGUGGACUCGUACGUAUUUAGGAAGGCAAAGCAAAUAAUUAGCCAAAGUCUACAUAUACUCACUCCUACUUUCAGUUUACUCUUUUCCUCACAUACCAGCAAUAAUUGUCAAACGCACUUUGGGAAGCAUUGCCAGUUUACUCGUUCCCUCAGCCAAUCAAUUUUACUACCAGGACCU